AUGAAAAAGCCUUUGAAGAUCGUGCUGAAAAAGAAACCUACCCAACAAUCCAGUAAACCACCAUCACCACCACCUGAACCUACACCACAUCAAUCACCAAUACAUUCACCACUUCAUCAAUCACCCCCAAAACAACCUUCUCCACCAAGACAACCAUCACCAUUACAUCUCUCACCACCUCAUUCACCACAACAUAUUCAUACUAUUACUCCACCACAAGAACAAACUUUUCUCACUUCACAACAAAUAUUCCAAACACCACCACCUUCACAACCACAUGUUCAAUCUACACCUGGUUGUUCAGGGUACAAAAACUUUCCAAACAUUCCUAUGAACAUGGGUAUGGGUAUUGAUGAGAUUGGAGAUUUUGAUUUUGCAAGUAGUGUACAAGUCAAGAAUGUAGAACAGAAAGUUGAUGCUGUUGUGGCUGAAAACAAAAGAUUGGCAGAUCGUGAGAAGAUUCUCGAGAUGCGUGUUAAGAAAGCUGAGUCUGAUAACAAGUCCUUGCUGAAAAAGAUAGAAGCAGAUCAAACUGAAAUUGAUAUCUUGAAAGUCAAAGUAGCCGAGCUAGAGGAAGAAAAGGCACGCAGAGAUGACCAAAACAAGUAUCUUGAGUUGAAAAACAAAGAACUUGAAGCUGCCAAAGCGGUGAAAGAACAUGAGCUGUACAUGAUGAACAAAGUUCUUGAAAACAUGCUCGGAAAGUCUAUUGAACAGAGGUUUGAGGAGAUAGAGGUUGAAGAAGUUAGAGCAAAGCGUCAAGCAGAGAUUGAUGCUCAAAUGAAAGACAAAGGAAAAAGUGUUGAAAGUUCUGUGAAUGCUGAAAGAUCAAUAGUUUUAGCUACUGAUCCUGAGUCACCUAUUCAGAAUCCUGUUCCUAUAUCUUCUGUGUCAGCUAUCUUUGAAGAAGAUGUAUCACUUGAAGAUAUUGCUGAUGAUGACGAAGAGGAUGACGAUGUAGAGGAUGAUGAUGAAGAAAAAGUAUUCUCUGCUAGCAGUCACAGUGAUGACGAUGAUAAUGAUGAUGAUGACAAUCAGGGUGGUACUGGAGUUAAAGUGACUGAGGCAUCAAAUGAAAAGAAUGUUGAUGAUUAUAUGAAUGAUGAUACAAAUGAAGUCUCAGAGGAUGCUGAUGGAGAGGGGGAGAAUGUGAAUGAUCAGAAUAUGGAUGAAGUUGAAAAGCUAAUUCUUCAUAUUGAGCCUGAGGUAGAAGAGGGAGAAAUCAGGUAUACAUAUACUUUGGAUGAAGUUCUCAAGAUGUUUAAUGUGAAUGAAGAUGAGUUCAAGUUCGAUUUUGAAGAUGAACUGAAUGCUUUCGAUAUCAAUCAUCAACCUGAGUAUGAAUAUAAGUAUGUUGAAGAUGCAGAUGUAUAUGAUAGGGUUGAGGUUGAAGAUUGUUCUGAUGAAGAGGUUGUUUCUGAAGACACUUCUGAAUUUCCAACUCUGAUGGAGUUCUUUAGUGAAGAGAACAGGGAUGAACUCAGGAGGAAAGUUGCUGAGAUUCUAAAAGAUAAAAACUUUGAUGGUACUACAAAAGAUCUUCAGAAAGAAGAACGCAAGAAGUGGUUCAGAAUAGUAAUGAAAGGAAAUUCAAGCGUCCUUUGA